AUGAAGUUCGGUCAAGAAUACCAGCGAGUUCUGGCUACGCAGGACUUUCCCGAGCAAUGGCGGGAAAGCGCGAUCGAGUACAAACACCUGAAGAAAUGCAUCAAGAAGAUUCACCAGGAGCUGCAGUCACUAGGGCUGGAUGCGGAUACGCUCCGACAGAUGAGCGAGUGGGUGGGCGAGUCGCAGGCCGAGCAGAACGAUUCGAAAGGAUACUACAGCGCGGCUACUCCUUCACUCGCGUCGGUUCCUGAGGAGUUCACACCGCAACUACGCGUGCUGGUCGAUAAAAGGACGGGGAUGCCGCUGGAUGCCACGCUUGCGCCGGACACCAAGUCCGCGCUGCAGAAGUUGGCGAAGCACGAGAUGAUGUCUGCCGGAAGGCGCGACUAUCUGGGUGCCAGCACGCCGUCAAAUCACGCGGUGCGCAAGAGCAGUGUGGUCGGUGAUACGAUGGAGGGGACAAUAAUGGAGGCAGAAGAUGCGAGGUGGGUACAGGUUCCUCUCGCCUCGGCCAAGGACUUCUUCGACCUGCUGGAACCGAAGCUGCAAGAUUUGGAGAUAUUGCGAACAGCGGAGACGGAGAAGCUGGAAGAGGAUAUAUUAGACCUGGGAGACGCUGUCGAAAAUGUCGUUCAGCCGGUGCGAGAGGGCUAUGAAGCGACGCGCAAGUUGAGCUACCGCGAUCUCUACUUCUGGCGCGAGAUGUUCAGGCUAUAUACCGAGAACCCAAUCUUCUAUUCCGGCACAGAAUCUAGACGCGGUGCUCUGACUUUCAACGAAGCCAAGAGCCGGUUGCAAGCCUACGAUGCACAACUCCGCGAGAUUGGUCUGCUGGAGAAGAUGAAGACACCACAAGCUAAGCGCGCUGCUCAGCAGUUCCUCGACCUCAACGUCAACAUUCUUAGAAUUAUGCACUUCCAAGAAAUGAACGCAAGAGCGAUGACGAAGAUCCUGAAGAAGUUCGAUAAGCGCACACACCUGGAAGGACAGCUCUUCUUGAAGAACCUGCGUACAAAGUACCCAGCUCUGCUCACGAACAGCGGCAAGCAGAGCCAAAUGCAAUCAGCAGGCGGCUUCGCCAACUCCAUCGCCCGAGAUCUCAGCGCCGAGAUAGCAACGAAAGUCCUCGCAAUAGUCCCACAACCGGAGGACUGGGACUGUCCCGUCUGCUACUCCAUGGCAUGGCGGCCGGUGAGUCUCGGGUGCUGCAGGUCUGUCUUCUGCAUCCGCUGCAUCAUCAAGCUGCAAGACGAGGGCAUGAAGAGGUGUCCGGUCUGCAACCAGGAGUCUGUGAUGAAAGCCGAUGGCAGGAACAUUGAUUUCGAAGCGAUGGACUUCCUUCAAAAGUAUUUCCCGAUGGAGACGAAGAAGCGGCAGAAGGAGAACGAGAAGGCGGCGUUGGUGAGGGAUUAUGGGGAGGGGUUUGUGAAGAGUGGGUGUGCGAUGCAGUGA